CGUCGGUCAAAUGGUUGGAAAAGGCGGGUUUUUUCUUGUGUGGACUACAGCAGUAUUGGUUGUAAGGAUUGCGCGUUUCAGAUAUAUUUUUUUAAAAUAGAAGGGUAAAGGAAGCGGACCCCGUUACUUCCAGCGUGGUUUGAGAAGAGGCCGUGCGUGUAGGGCCUUUGAAGCAGAAGCAAGGGAAAUCAAUGGUCUCCGGCAACAGUUACCCAUGCCUUUAACUGUUGUUCAGCUAAAGUUGUAUUACCGGCAGUGCAGGGUGCAAGACUGACCCGAGCGCCAUGAAGCACGAGUUACUAUGUAUCCUUGAUCUGCAACCUUUCUGACGGUCUCAUUGAAGUGAAUGCACCUUCUCUAACCUACAAGCUUUCAUUUUGAACCCAGUCUUUAACCUCGUGUUUCGGACGAACUCAAAAGCAGUAACUGCUUGUAAUUGAACUGUCAGAUCAUGGCCCUCUGCUUUCGUAACUGGAUAUUGAUGGCAGCCAACUACAUCUUCUUUUGCUCUGAAGCCUCGAAACUGAACAUUCCCAAAGUUUUGCUCCCUUUUGCUAGAAGCACAACAGUCAAUUUUACACUGGAAGCGGCGGAAGGAUGUUACAAAUGGUGGUCAACAAGACCAGAUGUUGCCAGCAUUGAACCUCUGAACCCCAGUGAUCAACAAUGUUCACAAAGCGCAGUCGUUUUGUCACGUGCAUCUCAACCGGCUCGCCUCACCAGCAUUAUUUUUGCUGAAGAAAUAGCAUUUGGCCGGGUUUUGCGGUGUGACGUAAUAGUUGAUGUCAUCAGCAGGAUUGAAAUUGUGUCUACAACUCGUGAACUUUACUUGGAAGAUUCUCCACUGAAAUUAAGAAUUACAGCUUUGGAUUCAGAAGGCAACACAUUCAGCACCUUGGCAGGAAUCGUAUUUGAAUGGAGUAUAGUGAAGGAUACAGAAUUUGCUGGAUAUUCAGAUUCCCACAAUGCUUUACGGAUAGUUAAGUUUUCUGAAUCUGCCUACACUCCCCCAACGUACAUAUCAGAGAUGGAGAAGCAUGGAAUCCAAGGGGAUACCAUCUUGGUGUCGGGAAUGAAGACAGGAAAUUCCAAAUUGAAAGGGAAAAUACAAGAAGCAAUUUACAGAAAUGUGCCGGCUGCAGAGGUUCAACUCCUAAUCCUAGAAAACAUUAUGUUGCAUCCGGCUUAUGAUAUCUACCUGAUUGAGGGCAGCUGUAUUCGUUACCGUGUGCAGAAAUUGAAGCAAGGGAAGAUCACAGAAUUAAUUAUGCCUUCUGACCAGUAUGAGUUAGAGCUGCAGAACAGCGUGGCAAGUCCAGGGAGAGAUACAAGCCGACCAGUGGGCAAACUGGACCAGGCCACAUCGACGGUAACUGCACUGCAGCAAGGGCAAGUAAAUUUGGUGCUAAUGCACAAAAAUAUUCGUAUGCAAGGUGUAUCUCGGUUACCAAACUGCACAAUAUACGUUGUUGAGCCACGUUACCUAGGAUUUACAGUUUAUCCUGGUGACAGAUGGAUUUUGGAAACUGGCAAAGAGUACGUUCUAACAAUUGAAGUGUAUGAUAAAGAAAGCAAUAAAUUUUAUCAUUCAGAUGAAAUCAGAAUUAACGCAGAAAUUCCAGCAGAGUAUUUUGACGUAUUGGAGAGCUCUUUAAAUGGAUCAUAUCAUCGUGUGAGGGCAUUGAAAAAGGGACAGACAACAAUUGAUGCAUCGUUAAGUAAAGUGAUAUCUCAGAAUGGAGCUGUGCAUUCCAUGGCUGUCCCAGUGCGAAACCAACAAGAAGUUGAAAUUUAUAAUCCGAUUACUCUUACACCAAGUAUUUUGACAUUUCCCUGGCAGCAGGUGGCUGGAGCUUACCAAUAUGUAAUAAAGGCCGAAGGUGGGAGUGGAAAUUUUAUUUGGUCAUCAUCCAAUCAAGCAGUGGCAACAGUGACAGUUAAAGGAACUAUGACAACGGGAAGUGAUACAGGACUGAGCAUAAUAAAAGCUCAUGAUGUUCAGAAUCCAUUACACUAUGGACAAAUGAUGGUAUAUGUAAUAGAACCAAUCCAAAUGGAGUUUGCGCCCUGCCAAGUGGAAGCUAGAGUUGGGCAACAAUUGGAUUUGCCCCUCAAAAUUUAUGGCCUCAUGAACACAGAAACAGAGGAAGAAGUUAUGCUAACUGACUGCUCCCAUUUUGACCUUGUGACAGAGAUUGAAAAUCGUGGUGUUUUCAAGAGUAUAGAAGGGAGAUUGGAACCAGGUGCUAAGCACUGCAGUGGAAUAAGAGUUCAGGCCGAGGCUCCAGGCUACACAACUCUUGUCGUUAGUUAUAGUCAUGGCCAUGUGUAUCUCAGUGCCAGCAUCACGAUUGCUGCAUAUGUGCCGCUUAAAGCUGUUGAUCCAGUAUCUGUUGCUUUGGUAACGUUGGGGUCAUCAAAGGAUAUGCUCUUCGAGGGAGGACCCAGGCCAUGGGUUUUAGAGCCUUCAAAGUUCUUCACAGAGCUUACAGCUGAAAAUGAAGAGAGCAUCAAUCUUCAUCUUAUAAGCUCCCCUGCAUUUAGAAACCAACCAAAGCAUUUGGUUAGAGCCACCUGCACAGCACUGGGAGAGCAGGUUUUGGCCUUGUCGGUUGGAAACAAGCCUAGCUUAAAAAACUCUUACCCUGCAGUCGAACCAGCUGUCAUCAAAUUUAUUUGCUCUCCUCCUACAAGGUUUACCUUGGCUCCUGUGUACCUAAGUUCUCAACUGGACCUAUCAUGCCCUUUGCUUCAACGAAAUAAGCAAGUUGUUCCUGUGUCAAAUUAUCGGAAUCCAGUCCUUGAUUUGGAGGCAUAUGACCAGCAAGGGCGUAAAUUUGACAACUUUUCUUCCCUUAGCAUUUUGUGGGAGUCAUCAAAGCCUUCCUUAGCCAGUGUUGAGCGCAGCAUGCCUAUGCAAAUGAAGGUGAAAGAUCAUGGAAAUGGACAAAAGAAACAACAUGGUUUACAAACUGUGCUGGUUCAUCAUGAAUCAGGAACAACUUCAGUCACAGCAAAUGCAACAAGCUACCAGCAGGAACAUCUCAUUGCAGCUAAAGUUAAAUCCAGGUAUGAUCCAUUACUACCUGUAUCAGUUACCAUUGAAUUGUUGCUUGUGGAGGAUGUUAAAGUUAUUCCAGAGAACAUUACCAUUUACAACCAUCCGAAUAUUAAGGCAGAGCUUUCACUUAAGGAAGGAUCAGGGUACUUUUUCAUUAAUACAAGUUCAACAGAACUGGCAAAGGUUGUGUAUCAGGAGGCCCAAAACAUUGCACAGGUGUUGCCAGUUCAUCCAGGAAUUUUGACUGUUUUGGUCCAUGAUUUGUGCCUUUCUUUUCUGGGGCCUGCGAAAGCUGAAGUGCACAUAUCAGAUAUCUUAGAGUUAUACGUACGGGUUGUGGACAAGGUGGAGAUUUUUAAAACUGUGAAAGCCUAUGUGAGAGUUCUGGAUUAUUCAAAAAAACCCUUCUUGUCCAAAUACUUACCAUUCAUGAAGUUAAAACUGAAAGCAGCUUCUCAAAUAAUUUCUUUGGAGCCACUUGAUGACAUCCUUGAUGAUUACACUGUUGGCUUUACUGUUAAAGGUAUUGCUAUAGGACAGACAAGCUUGACAGCAACUGUGGUAACCAGAGAUGGCAAAAAACUAAGUUCUGCACCUCAGCAAAUUGAAGUAUUCCAUCCUUUUCGGUUGAUUCCAAGAAAAGUAACACUCAUUGUGGGUGCAAUGAUGCAGAUUACAUCUGAAGGAGGUCCACAGCCUCAGUCCAACAUCAUAUUUUCCAUAAGUGAUCCAGACCUUGCUACAGUAAAUAACAUUGGACAUGUGAAGGGGCUUGCAAUUGGAAGUGGGAAAGUGACAGGUGUAGUCCAAGUCAUUGAUGCCGAAAGUGGAAAAGUGGUGGUGAUUUCUCAGGAUGAAGUAGAUGUGGAAGUUGUUCAGCUUAAAGCUGUGAGAAUCCAUGCACCCAUUACAAGAAUGAAGACUGGCACUUGGAUGCCAAUUUAUGUAAUGGGAAUUACAAGCAAUCAAACACCAUUUGCAUUUGGCAAUGCAGUACCAGGAUUGACAUUUCAUUGGUCUGUCACUAAACGAGACAUCAUUGACUUGGAUACAAGACACUCUGAGGCAUCUUUUCAGCUUCAAGCAAGGAACAAUUUUGCAAUGAAUGUGUACAGUCGUGUUAAAGGUAGAACUGGACUGAGGGUUGUUGUACGAGCUACAGAUCGAACGGCUGGACAGUUUGAGAACAACGCCAGGGAAUUGUCAGAUGAAGUGCAAAUUCAGGUGUUUGAAAAGCUGCGGUUAUUAAAUCCCAAGGUUGAAGCACAGCAGAUAUUAAUGUCACCAAACUCUUUCUUUAAAGUUCAAACAAAUCGAGAUGGCGUGGCUUCUCUUAGUUACCAAGUACAGGACUGUUCUGACAAAUCUCCUGUGAUACAAGUGGAUGAAAAUGGACUUCUGACUUCUGGUUCUAUAACUGGAUCUUGUACAAUUGAAGUGAACUCUGAAGAGCAGUUUGGUAUCAAUCAAACUGUCACGGUUGCUGUUAAGGUUGCACCUGUCUCGUACUUGAGAAUCAGCACAGGUCCUGUAAUACACACACUCAACAAGGAGUUUGCACUCGCCAUUCCAGUGGGAAUAACGUUAACUUUGACUGUCCAUUUCCAUGAUAGCUCUGGAGAUCUCUUCCAUGCUCAAAAUACAAUGAUAAAUUUUGCAAUGAACAGGGAUGACCUCAUUCAGAUUGGCAAAGGGACUAUGAAUAAUACCUUUAUAAUAAGGACGGUAAACAUGGGGCUCACUUUGCUGAGCAUAUGGGAUGCAGAACAUACUGGCAUUGCUGAUUAUGUUCCCUUGCCUGUAGAACAUUUCAUCCAACCUGAAUCGCUGGACGAACUUGUAGUUGGUGAUGUUAUAUGUUUCAGCAGUAAUCUAGUUAAUCAGGAAGGUCAAUUCGGAGUUUGGAGUUCAUCUUCCAGUAGCAUUCUUCAGAUUAGCCCUAAGACAGGCACAGCAGUUGCAAGAAAUUCUGGUCUUGUCACAGUAUAUUAUGAAAUACCAGGAUACCUCAAAACCUACAGAGAGAUGGUGGUUAAGAGUGCAGGAAAGACUGUUGUUCAGGUGCCGAGUGGCGCACACUUGUCUUCUCAGGCUGGGACUGUGCCGUUUAAGCUUCCUGUUACCAUCGGAGAGAACAACAAUUUGAAAGGGGAGUGUACGGCUGCACAUGUUGAGGCAAUUGAUCAUAUACACCCAGAGUCCCUUUUCACUUGCAAUUUGGAAUUCAAUAAUGCAAUAGAAAUAACAGCUGAAGAUGUGUUCAGUGUCCAAACAGGAUUUGAUGCCCAUUCAGGCCACUACACCUGUGGUGUUACAGUGCAGAAAUUGACUGAUCACCAGCUUAAAAUAUUAGUCAAAGACAAAACCUCUGUCAAUGUGAAGGCCUUGGUACUUGAUGCUCAAUUCACUGGAGAACAAGUUGGUGCCAAUGUCUCAUUUUUACCUGAUUUUUACGUUGACCAUUCAGAAAUUCUUUUGAGCAACCUACACACCACUACUGAAGUUACAGUAUAUGGGACAUCGGAAAUUCUGGCAAACUUGGAGGUCACAGCAGGAUCAUCACUAAUAGAUAUUCAAGAAAAGGAAAAGAUCUGUGGAUCCCAUAAUUAUGUGAAGUUUGCAGUCUCCUUGACUGACUCUCGAUUAAUUAGCCUGGAGCCUUUCUUAACCACUCUUAGUAUAUCCAAUUCACUGACAGACCAGUCAAUCUCUCUGCCAGUCAAAGUUUUGUACAUUUCUGAUAAAAAUAAUGAAGCACACGCUCAUUUCACAACAGCUCGAUUAGAAGGUGUUGGUCUCUUCCACCAGUUCAUUAAUUCCUAUCAAGUUAUGUUCUUCACAUUCUUUGCUCUACUCACUGGGACAGCAAUCAUGAUUAUCGCCUAUCAUGCUUUCUUUUCACCACGGCAACAGUUCCAUCACCCCGCAUUUGUAUGGACCCCACACCCACCCUCACCCCCACGACAGACAGAAUUUACACCAUCUCCUACUCAGUUCAAUGCAAGCCCACUGUCCAACAGAUCACGGUCUCCACUGUGGAGUAUAAAUACAGCCAAUCGAUCUUAAGUUAAAAGCAGUUGAUAUGAAGAAAAUUUCGUCUGAUACAGCCCAGGAGCAUUUGUUCGCCGUCUUUCUAAAUUGUGGUGCCUUUGCUGAUUUCUAAAAUGAUUUCAUCUUUACCUUACCUCAUGGGUAAGUUGAUCAUUUGAUGGUGUCUGGUUGUACAGACACCUGCUUGUACUGCAGUACCUGCCUGAUGGGUGAUUCAUAGAUGAAUAGCUUCAAUCAGCUCUUGAACAAUUGGGACAGCACAGGAAUACCACAUAUGCCCUGGCCUGAUGUUGGUGAAGAAGCACUUGCAGUAUGGAUGUGAUACUGUGAUCAGAAGGGAAACUACCUCCCUGUGAAAAAGAAUAACGACAAUUUACUUUGUAUUUAUUGAAGUUUGAGUUGGGUAGUUGAGCACAGACCUUGUGCCAAGAUCUGCAUGGCUCAGAUGUUUAACAAGUCAAGAUUUUAGUUUUAAGGAAGCUUUGUAAUGUCUCUCUGGUAUAUUGAAGUGAAAUUUCCAUUUGACCAAUCUGUAAUUUGUUGGGAAAGGUACUUUGUGGUAGAUAAAUGAGUUUGCUGUGAUCAUAACCAGUUUAUGCAAUAAAGACUGGUGUUCGAAGUAAGUAUUUAGCAAUUGAUAGUUUUCAUUGCUGUUGCUUUGUUAAUAUUGCAGUGAGUUUUUACUGUUUGAAUUUGUUUAAAAUAUACUUGAUGAACAGUAUGAAGAGUGUAUAUUUGCAAAAAAAAAAUUGUUUUGUAUUAAUAAGUUCAUUUCAGCAGUCGAGAGCCAGAAUUUCUUUUUUUUUGUGAAAUUGCAAGAAUAUUUAUUUGGACAAAAUUGUUUGCAGUACUAAGCUCAUAUUUGGACUAUUUCAGUCAUGGUCAAGAGUCUUCAAAAUUAGUAAAUGGAAACUUUUUAACUGCACAAUUAAUUUGUAAAAUAUGCAACAUAUUUUCUCAGGCAAUUAGAAUGUGAAAAAGUAAUUUUGUUCUGCAACUGUACCACAAUAACAAUCCCUAUAGUUGGAAUAUAAUAAAAUGUGAAGACAGUCUUAAAUGCUAAGUGUACUUGAACAGACCAAAUGCUUAGCAUCAGGCAGUCCUUUUAAAUAAGCUUACUUCACCUCUUCUUGUGAAUGUGAUUUUAACCUUGAAGUUUUAUUAUGGACGUGCCUUAAAAACCUGCAAUUAAUGAACGCCAGAGAUAUGACUGGUUGUGAUUUUAUUUUACAUUAUUUUUAAUUUAAUGCUUUCAGAGUGAUGUACUGCUGUUUUUUUAAGUGCUUGGCAAAUAAUAAAUGUCACCCAAAUCU